AUGCUGCUGUCCAUCUCCGCGUGGGCGUACGAGGUCAGGGAUCAGCAUGAGAGGGGAAUUGCGCACGCCUCUUGGUCUGUGCACGAUAGGGACGCCAACUAUCAGGCAAAUAGAUACAGACAGUCCAAACAGCCGAUCCCUGGAACCGACUCGCAGCACACACAGCGGCUCCACUCCCAGCCUGCCCAGCACAACCAUUUUUGCGUUUUGUUUGCCGAGCCUCCGAACCUCCGCCCUCCCUCCCGCCCGCCUCAGCCUCCGCCUCACCGCCGCCCAUCCCCGCGCCCGUCCUCGCGCCCGCCGCCCGAGCCCUUCCUCUCCCCGCCUCUCAGUGCUCCGAAAUGCACAGCGGCCUCCUCAAUAGGCCUAGGGCGCGUCCCUCCGCGUCCCCGCCACCUGGAUGUCACCCAGGUAUCCUUGACUUCCGAAGACCUCUUGGCCGAGCGCCGCCCGCGAAACCCAACCGCCCUUACCCCGCCCCACAAUAGAGGCCAGAGUGCGCUGGCCCGGUCGCCGGCGCCCUACGCCCCGCAGCCAACUCGUCAGGCAGGAUUUUUAUUUUGGUUGUCGGCGCGCGGAAGAGAAUAG